AUGGUUUUCUCUCUGUCCUCUGACCAUGGUUUUCUGUCCUCUCCUCCUCAGGGCCAGCUGUCCCAGGCCCUCAACAUCCUGUCAGACCGAGCUACAGAAGCCAAAGAGUUCCUGGUUCAGCUGAGGAACAUGGUGCAGCACAUCCAGGAGAACGGCGUGGAGUUCGAAGCCUGUCUGGUGGCGCAGUGUGACGCCCUCAUCGACGCCCUGAACCGACGCAAGGCCCAGCUGCUGACCCGUGUCAACAACGAGCAUGAGCACAAGCUGAAGGUGGUGAGGGAUCAGAUAUCUCACUGUACGGUGAAGCUGCGUCAGACGACAGGCCUGAUGGAGUAUUGUCUGGAGGUCAUCAAAGAGAACGACCCCAGCGGAUUCCUACAGAUCUCAGACGCCCUGAUCAGGAGGGUGCACAUGACGGAGGGUCAGUGGGGGAAGGGAACCCUGACCCCCAGGAUGACCAGUGACUUUGACCUGACCCUGGACAGCGGACCCCUGUUACAGACCAUCCACCAACUGGACUUCAUACAGAUGAAAGUUCCUUCUGCCCCCAUGCUCCAGCUAGAGGAAUGCUGCACCAUCAACAACAGCGCCACAUUGUCAUGGAAACAGCCACCUCUCUCCACCAUCGCUGUGGACGGAUACAUCCUGGAGCUGGACGAUGGCAAUGGGGGACAGUUUAGGGAAGUGUACGUGGGGACGGAGACGAUCUGCACGGUGGACGGACUCCACUACAACAGCACCUACAUGUCAAGGGUCAAAGCCUUCAACGCCAGCGGAGUUGGACAGUACAGCAAGACACUGGCCAUGCAGACCUCCGAGAUUGCCUGGUUCACUUUUGACCCCGCGUCGGCCCACCCUGACAUCAUCCUCUCCAACGACAACCUGACGGUGACGUGCAACAGCUACGACGACAGGGUGGUCAUGGGUAACUCCGGCUUCUCCCGCGGUGUGCACUACUGGGAGAUCACGGUGGAUCGCUAUGACAACCACCCGGACCCUGCGUUCGGGGUUGCUCGGGUUGACGUGCUGAAGGACGUGAUGCUGGGGAAAGACGAUAGGGCCUGGGCCAUGUAUGUGGACAACAACCGCUCCUGGUUUAUGCACAACAACUCACACACCAACAGGACGGACGGGGGCGUCAGUGAAGAGGCUACGGUAGGAGUGUUGUUAGACUUCACCAGAGGGAUCCUCAUCUUCCUCAUCAACGACGAACAGCAGGGUCCUGUGGCCUUCGAAGGCAUCGAGGGGCUCUACUACCCUGCUGUCAGCCUCAACCGCAACGUACAGGUGACCCUGCACACUGGCCUGCCCAUUCCUGACUUCUACACUCCAGAGGAAGCAGACCUAUCUGGCUCAGUGUGUUAA